AUGCCUGAACUGAUGUCGAUCUUGGAAUUGAGCCCGAAAAGCAUCAAUGAUUGUAGUAUUAGGUUGUCGAAAGCAAGCAGAUUAAAGGGAUCUUACCAGUUGCAUCGAAAGCGAGUUGCGGUCGAAAAGGAGUUGCUGCCCACAUCAGGUGCUUGGUGGAGUCGCAAUGGAGACGCCAGCGUGGAGACGAGUGGAAGGCCUGGACGAGCGAAGGGCUAUAUGACUCGCAGUUGGUUGAUUCUGUGGCCGCCACCGCUGAUUAAGCUGUACAGGAUCCCAUCUAGGGUUUUGGCUCCGGUGGGCGUAGAGUGCGCGAGAGACAGAGGGAAGGGGAGGGAUACAGCUGCGACUUGA